AUGGAGAUUGCCCUGGUGCCCUUGGAGAACGGCAGUGCCAUGACCGUCAGAGGAGGAGGUGAGGCACAGGCAGGCUGUGGCCAGGCCACACGGGGAGAGCUCCAGUGCCCCUCGACGGCUGGGCUCAGCGAAGGACCCGAGGAGCCUGCGCCAAGGGGGCGCGGCACUCAAAGGGGCGCGGACCCGGGAGGGCGGCCUUUGCCACCGCUCCCCGAGGAGCUGCAGCAACCUAGAUGGCUGCCUCCGGAGGGCGAGGAGGGAGAAGGCGACACCGCCCUGGGCAUGGCGGAGGACCAGGCGCCCGGCGCAGGGUCCUUUCACCACCAGCGCGUCCACAUAAACAUCUCCGGGCUGCGCUUCGAGACGCAGCUGGGCACCCUGGCGCAGUUCCCCAACACCCUCCUGGGGGACCCAGCCAAGCGCCUGCGCUACUUCGACCCCCUGAGGAACGAGUACUUCUUCGACCGCAACCGGCCCAGCUUCGAUGGCAUCCUCUACUACUACCAGUCGGGGGGCCGCCUGCGGAGGCCGGUCAACGUCUCGCUGGACGUGUUCGCAGAUGAGAUCCGCUUCUAUCAGCUGGGGGAUGAGGCCAUGGACCGCUUCCGGGAGGACGAGGGCUUCAUUAAAGAAGAGGAGAAGCCCCUGCCCCGCAACGAGUUCCAGCGCCAGGUGUGGCUUAUCUUUGAAUACCCGGAAAGCUCGGGGUCUGCGCGGGCCAUUGCCAUCGUCUCCGUCUUGGUCAUUCUCAUCUCCAUCAUCACCUUCUGCUUGGAGACCCUGCCUGAGUUCAGGGAUGAACGCGAGCUGCUCCGCCAUCCCCCGGUGCCUCACCAGCCUCCUGGGUCCACCCGGGGGGCCAACGGUAGCGGGGCUGUGGCGCCUCCCUCUGGCCCAACCGUGGCACCUCUCCUGCCUAGGACCCUGGCUGACCCCUUCUUCAUUGUGGAGACCACGUGUGUCGUCUGGUUCACCUUUGAGCUGCUUGUGCGCUUCUUCGCCUGCCCCAGCAAGGCGGAGUUCUCUCGAAACAUCAUGAAUAUCAUCGAUGUGGUGGCCGUCUUCCCCUACUUCAUCACCUUGGGGACUGAGCUGGCAGGGCAACAGCCUGGGGGUGGAGGAGGGGGCGGCCAGAACGGGCAGCAGGCCAUGUCCCUGGCCAUCCUCAGAGUGAUCCGCCUGGUCCGGGUGUUCCGCAUCUUCAAGCUCUCCCGCCACUCCAAGGGGCUGCAGAUCCUGGGCAAGACCUUGCAGGCCUCCAUGCGGGAGCUGGGCCUGCUCAUCUUCUUCCUCUUCAUCGGAGUCAUCCUCUUCUCCAGUGCCGUCUACUUCGCAGAGGCUGACAACCAGGAGACCCACUUUUCCAGCAUCCCGGAUGCCUUCUGGUGGGCAGUAGUCACUAUGACCACAGUUGGCUAUGGGGACAUGAGGCCUGUCACUGUGGGGGGCAAGAUCGUGGGCUCACUGUGUGCCAUCGCUGGGGUCCUCACCAUCGCCCUGCCUGUGCCUGUCAUUGUCUCCAACUUCAACUACUUCUACCACCGAGAGACGGACCACGAGGAUCAGGCAGCCCUUAAGGAAGAGCAGGACAGCCAGAUCCAGGGGACCGGGCCGGACAGCAGAGGCCAGCGGAAAGCCAGUUGGAGCAAGGGGUCCUUCUGCAAGGCUAGGGGGUCCCUGGAGAAUGCGGAUGGAGCCCAAAGGGGCAGCUGCCCCCUAGAGAAGUGUAAUCUCAAAGCCAAGAGCAAUGUGGACUUGCGGAGGUCCCUGUAUGCCCUCUGCCUGGACACCAGCCGGGAAACGGAUUUGUAA